CCUCCAAUUUCCCACUUUGUUUUUCCCAUUGCUUCCUUUCCCGGUGGUUCCUGUUUUCUCCUACAUGAGAGGGUUUAAGUCCUAAUACGCUGAAUCCGGGUGCAACCGAGAGAUGGAAUCCGUGACUUCGAGUACGAUUCUCUGAUUCUCCGUCCGAAGAGGGCUGGACCCGUAUCUUCUGCUAUGGAAGUCGAAACUAACAUCUGGAAUCGCUAAUUUCAGAAUCAGGGGUCAAGGGUUCUGCUAAUUUCCAUCGUUCUUAAGAAAAUGAUGAAUCUUGCGCGCGGACGAUCCGUUCAAAGCUCAUUCUCCCGCAUUAUCCACCGUAACGGUAAGGUGGGAUUCGCUAAAGCUGAUUUUGGAAGUGAUGAAAGUGGUAGAUUUUCUUAUGGCCUCAACUCGGCUUUGGCUGGAAUCGGUGUAAUCGUAAAAGAUAAGGCAUUUAGAAACUUGGAACCUCUUGAACUGCUGGAUAAAGGCGCUGUCAUUCCUGGAUCAUUGUCUCGCCUGCCUAUAUAUCUUAGAAACAAAGUUUCUGGGAGUGAGCCGAAACUGUCUAAAGCACAAUUCAGCAAGCUUCUUAAACAGGCCACCACUCAUUUAUCAUCUGUAUCAAAUAUUUUUGUCCAUGAUGGUGCAAUUGGUUUGCCGAAGGUCAAUGCCAAAGUUCGUGUGGUGAGCGACUGCCCAACUGCUGUGCUAAACCUUUCCAAUGUCCUCUGGAAGACCUCUGCACGCGCAAUUUCUCAUGAUUCUUGUCCGAUAACAGUGUAUGUUGCUACAUCCAUAAGUCCAGAUGUUAGAGAUUUUCUUAGCCUUGGAGCACAGAGUAGCAGUGACUUUAUAGCUGCUGAUGUUGAGCGAUCCUCACUCAUUUUAUGUGGAAAAGCAUUUGCUGACAUAAACGGCACUAAAGAGGCACUAGCUGCCUUAAGCGCACCUGUCAUAUCAGCUCGAGGAGGCUUACUUCUCUCUGGAAGGCUCCUUGUUUCCAAUGGUUUUGUUGUGUUAUUAUUUGCUCCCGAGGAUGUGAUAUGUAGCUGUGAGGACCGAUUGAUUUCUCCUAAAGCCGGUGUAAUCCUUUCCUCACAAUGUGUCGCACCAUCGUUUCGGACAGGAACUGAUGACUACCCCAAUCUAUUAGAUAUUCCAGCUGCUGUUGUUCUUGCUGUUUCAGAUAUUACUGGAACAAGUCCUUCUUUGUCAAGGCUCACUCCAGAAGAAACCGCUUACCACUACGUGGCUGGUUAUGAAGAUGGGAAAUUUUCAUAUGCUCAUUUAAAGGUCCCUUCAUCGAUUGAUGUACUGAAACUUGCCGAAGCACUUUCCUCAAAGUUGAAAGAUCAUCAAAUCUCAUCUUAUCUGGUGAACACAAGGAGAGGUGGAAAGAAUCUCCUAAACCUGAUCGAUUCUGUUCUUUCUGGGAUGGAUUCCUCCACAUGAAUCUUAAGAGUGUCGUGGCAGAGUUUUCCCUCUUGGACAAGCUCGUGGCAACAAACAUCGGAGACGGUCCCGUUCUAGAAAAUCUCUUCGACUAUGUCCAAUGUACACUUUGGAGACAUUUUGGUAAGACAUUCAUCCCAGAGUUGUUUCGGUUCCCCUUCCUCAAUAGCAAAGACGGGCACAUAUACAUAUACCGCAGCCACAACAGCCAAUACCAUAACGAUGCUGGUGCUGAGUUUUGUCAUCUUGACCGAAUGUGUUUGGAUUUUAUUAUUCAGCCUAAUAUGUUAUGUAUUUGUUUUUCUUGGUAGAGAAAGUGAAAUAAGAGUGGUAUUUAUGUAUACAACGGUACAAUUAGUAACUCUCGCGGCAUUUAUUUUGGGGAAGUUUCUUUUGAUUUUGUUUUUCUAA